AUGUCCUCAAUCAGAGCGCUCCGCCUUCAAUCGGCCCUUCGGGCCUCCACACUCCGCCCCGUACAGCGUACUGUCCGCCGAACCUACGCCGUGAAGGAGCCGGCCCGGGAUACGACAUCGUACCACGGCGGCGACCAACCACCGCCGGCGGGCUCGAACGAGAAAGCCCCAACAACACCAGACCAAUUGAGCAACAAGGCAACAAUUUUCAUCGUCUCAGGCGUCGCAGUAACAGUCGGUGCCUUCUUCGCCUUCCUCCUGGGCGCUCCUGACCGCGCCGCCGGCGUUGUCGAGGACAGAACUCGCGGCGGCAAUCGCUCGGCGCUGCCCGGCUACGGCUCCAAGCCGUCGAGUGAGCGACAUCUGGAAGAGACAACGGGCCGGGACCCCUUACGGCAAAGCGGGUUGGGGGCUUGA